ACCUGCAUCAGUGCCACCACCCACCACCACUACCUACAUCAUGCCACCACCCACCACCACUACCUACAUCAGUGCCACCACCCACCACCACUAACCUGCAUCAGUGCCACCACCCACCACCACUACCUACAUCAGUGCCACCACCCACCACCACUACCUACAUCAGUGCCACCACCCACCACCACUACCUGCAUCAGUGCCACCACCCACCACCACUACCUGUAUCAGUGCCACCACUCGACCACUACCACCACCAUCACCACUACCACCAUACCUUCCUUACCAGUAGCACUACCUGCAUCACCAUCACCACCCUCGAGAGGCACUCACAAUUGUUGGCACUAAGGAGAGGCACUAAAGUUACUCCGAGUCUUCAGGAUACUUUAUAAUCUAUUAAUGACAGAAAUAUUCAAAAUGUCGUAACAGUGACCGUUACCCAUGGUUACUGGCGUUACUCACAAGUACUGGCGUUACUCACAAGUACUGGCGUUACUCACAAGUACUGGCGUUACUCACAAGUACUGGCGUUACUCACAAAUACUGGCGUUACUCACAAGUACUGGCGUUACUCACAAGUACUGGUGUUACUCACAAGUACUGGCGUUACUCACAAGUGCUGGCGUUACUCACAAGUACUGGCGUUACUCACAAGUACUGGCGUUACUCACAAGUACUGGCGUUACUCACAAGUGCUGGCGUUACUCACAAGUACUGGCGUUACUCACAAGUGCUGGCGUUACUCACAAGUACUGGCGUUACUCACAAGUACUGGUGUUACUUACCAAUUGUGCUUCAAAACUAAUCAGAAAAUAGUGUCGGCGUCUAGGCUACAGAAGACAGUGCCGUCUUAACCGUGUAUAAUCAACACUUUGUUCACACUCACUCGAGAGUGAGACACACUUACCAUCUCCACUGACACUUGUGACUUGUGACCCCCCACCCCCCAAAAAAAGAGACAAAAGAAAGAAAAGAGAGGGAGAGAAAAAGAACACAGGAGAGUUUUACCACGAUCUUCCGAAGAAGAAAGGUCACCACAGCGUCACUUCGAAGUUCGCUUGUGUGACUUCGCUACACUUUUGCCACACUUAAGUGCAUUUUGAAGUGUCCACUUAAGAAAUCGCCUCCUAAGUGCUCUUUCUACCGGGCGUAAGUGUUUUCAUACAGUACGCUUAAUGAGUUUUGUUUUCUAAGCGUAUCCGCUUAUAAUGUCUCGCUCAAUAUAUCCAGUGGACCGCAAUCUUGCCUAAGUUGCCCACUUAAAUUAGGCCAGAAGUUAGACCAUCUGCAAGAUUGCAAAAGCCGUCGCCAGCUGACUGUCAAGACUGUACGUUGAGGGGGAACUGUCUGUUCUGGAGCAGAAAGCAGUUAACUGCGAGCACAAGGUCAGAAAUCAGUUAACUGUCAGCACAGAAACGUCAGAAAACAGUUUACUGUCAGCACGGAAAGGUCAGAAAGCAGUUAACUGUCAGCAGGUCAGAAAUCAGUUAACUGUCAGCACGGGAAGGUCAGAAAACAGUUAACUGUCAGCAGGUCAGAAAUCAGUUAACUGUCAGCAAGAGGUCAGAAACCAGCUAAGUGUCAGCAGGGGAAGGUUAGAAACCAGUUAACAGUCAGCAUGGGGAGGUUAAAAAUUAGUUAACUCUCAGCACAGGAAGGUCAGAAGCCAGUUAACUGUCAGCACGGGAAGGUGAGAAACCAGUGGACUGUCAGUAUGGGAAGGUCAGAAACCAGUUAACUGUCAGCACAGGAAGAUCAGAAACCACUUAACUGUCAACACGGGAAGAUCAGAACCAGUUAAUUGUCAACGCGGAAUGGUUAGAAACCAAUUAACUGUCAGCAAGAGAGGGUCAGAAACCAGUUAACUGUCAACACGGGAAGGUCAGAAACCAGUGUACCUGAACUCUGAGUGUGAAUCGUUUUUGACACUGACUGAGCUCCUGGUUAGAGCUAACUAGAGCUCUGAGCUCGUGGUGUGAGUCCCAGGGCUUCAGUGGUGAGCUCUGACGGUGUUCUCCUUGUGUUGACGCCUUCAGGGUCUCCCGCUGUGUCUUGUGAUGUAGGGGCCAAGCCAGAAAUUGUUCUUGCAAGACUGUGCAACAUCCAGAGGUUGAUCUUGCAAGACUCCAGCAUCCAGAGGUUGAUCUUGCAAGACUCCAGCAUCCAGAGGUUGAUCUUGCAAGACUCCAGCAUCCAGAGGUUGAUCUUGCAAGACUCCAGCAUCCAGAGGUUGAUCUUGCAAGACUGUGGCAUCCAGAGGUUGUUCUUGAAAGACUUCAACAAAAGACACAGUAUCUUCACGGUCGUUGUAUCUCAGUUGUCUGCCAUGAAGCGCUAAAACCGUGUGGGUAAGUGCGAGAGCUGGUGCAGAUUCGACCCACCGUCCUAAACCGCUCGGAAGAAUGGAAGACUACGACGAGACGCGACUCGUAACGUGGGUGACCAACCUGACGCAUCCUAUGACGCACGACGAAUUCGAGGACGACGAAGACGCGUGGUACGUCAACGCGACGGAGGCGGCGACGGAGGAGGUGGGCAGGAACCUGACGGAGUACACACCGUACUCCCAGAGGCCGGAGACGUACCUGGUGCCUAUAGUCUUCGCCCUGAUCUUCGUCACUGGGGUGGUGGGCAAUGGUGCACUGAUUUUUAUGUUUGUCAAGCAUCCCAAGCUGAGAAGUACUCCCAACACCCACCUGGUGUCCCUGGCGGCAGGAGACCUCCUGAUGGUGCUCCUGACAGUGCCUUUCACCUCCCUAGUGUACACCUUGGACUCCUAUCCCUUCGGUGAGGCUGUGUGCCGCGCCUCAGAGUUCGCUAAGGACCUCAGUCUUGGGAUCACCGUCUUCACCCUGACUGCGCUCAGCGCAGACCGCUACAUGGCCAUCGUGCGCCCUGUGUCACACCAUGUGUCAGACUCAGCAGGACGCCUCACUAUCAUGGUCGCUGUCGGGAUCUGGGUGGUGGCUGCCCUCCUAGCCACGCCCGCAGCUCUCUUCUCCAGCACGCCUACGAUGUUCACGCCCACCGGCAAACAAUACCACAUCUGUACUCCUUUCCCAGAGUACCUAGGUCCUCUCUACCCGAAGAUCCACGCUCUGGUGAAGGUGAUAGGCUAUUACAUUCUUCCUUUGGCACUCAUCGCUUCCUUCUACAUCCUAAUGGCGCGGCAUCUUCUGGUGUCAGCGCAGCACCUGCCAGGGGAGGCUGCGGGUCAGCAGCGGCAGGCGCAGGCGCGAAGAAAAGUGGCGAAGAUGGUGUUAGCCUUCGUUAUCAUCUUCGCCAUCUGCUUCCUGCCCCUAAACGUUUUCACACUCUGGUGGCACUUUGCACCAAACUCCGUGGAGAGUUACGACAUUUACUGGCACUCUCUCCGGAUAGUCGGCUUUUGUCUGUCGUUCAUAAACUCCUGCAUCAAUCCCAUCGCGCUCUACUGCGUCAGCGGCACCUUCAGAAAGUACUUCAACAAGCACGUCUUCUGUUGGUGCGCCAGCCGCGGUGGCCGCUUCGGCCGGGCGGAAUGGGACGCUGUGGACUCUACGGGCACCCGCGUCACCACCGCGCUGAGGACGGAACAACUACCCCUCAAGACCAUAGGCACUGACAACGGCACUCAGGCUUCUCACCAUCGCCUCACACUCACCAACACAACCAUCCUCAACCCUCGCCCUCACAAUCCCACCUCCUUCGAGUGACGCUCCGGGUCUCCAGGCGAAUAAAAAAAACACAAACAAUAGAUGGCAGUGGAGUGCCCACCAGUUGUACUGAUGAAAAUAAACACAGAAGCAGCAACUGGAAAACUGAUUCGGACUUUAAAAACACCUGCUGAGCAGGCGACAGGUCGUCGAAAUAGUAUCCCAUUACUGCUUUUGUGUCGUUUUCUGGGCACGGUGCUACCUGGUUCCUCCAGCAAGUUUAUCUCUAAUAUGUGGUCAUUUUAUUAUCAUGUAUUAUUGUUAUUAUUAUUAUUAUUAUUGCGUUAUUGUAUUUAUGGGGGAAACGCUAAACCCAUAGGAUCACACCAUUGGGAAUAGGAGCUAGUUAAGUUUGAUCCUAAGAAGGGGGGAUAGCUCCAAUUCCUUGAAUGAAGAGUCCUUCAUCUGCAUAAAGGUAUAUAAACACACACACACACACA